CAUCUCAACCGCAACAAUCUUGGCAUUGCUUGUCCACAAGUCUGUUUUCGGCAGCCGCAAGCUUAGUACGUUAGCAACAUUGUGUAUCGAGAGCGUGAAGCGCGAAGUUUAGUUUGUUCACACGUAGUAGAGUCUGUAGCUGAGUUACAAUGUGCUUGUUGUUUCUGUUUGACGUUGUGCUAGCUUGCAUAUCAGUUUAAAAAAGGUGGACGAGGAAAUGGAUUCAGAAAUGUCAACAUGGUUCCCUCUGUUAGUUCCACUCAACGCAGAGUUGACAGAAUAUGACGGUUUUCUCAAAAUCAUGGACAGCAUUUUUCAUGUUAGCUUGAGUAUUGGUGACAUUAAUGAACCAGCAACGUACAAUUUAUGCGGAGAUUGGGAGCUUAAGGAGUUGCUGCUAAAAACAAACAGAGACUACGAUGAGGUACUGGGAAGGAGUAAAUCUGUUAGUCACUUCCUUAUGGAGUUCUGCAACUUAGUGGAGAAAGCCAUGAAGUCAAGGCCGCUUUCCAGUAAGAUACAGACUCAGUCACCUGAAAAUCUGCAGCACAUAAUUUCGAGCCUUCAGGAGUGCGGUUGGAGCAAUGUAGAGCACGUCAGCGAGUCGGCUAACGAAAUACACAUGAAGCACUUUGAUGAAGCUGGCAGAAUUCAUAAUAUUCGUAUCCGUGUCCCUGAAGAGUUUCCAAUAAAGGCACCAGCAUGUAGCACAAGUCUUCCGAUAGAAUAUGAACCUGUGUGGCAUAAGGACAAGGGAACAAUAAGGAACAUCUACGACGACUUUGUUGGAAAGGUUAAACAACUGCAGCCGUUUUGGAGCGUUAUGGAUGAGAUUGAUGGCAAGUUUUGGGUGCUGGAUCCCCCUAAACCUCGAGUCAGCGAUUCCUACAGAAGAAUUUCUUUAGGAAACAAUGUGUCAGUUGUGAUUGCUGUUGAUCCACGUGCACCAGGAAGUUUACCAAAGCUGGAAUUUACGGGGCCAGAAAAACUCGUAACAAAGUUCAGGAGCCUCCUGGAAAAGAAUGCCGAAAAAUGGGAUGUGACAAAGUCUUUAUGUGAAAAUAUUGAAAUGAUACUUGAAUCUGAACUGCCCUCAAAGGCCACAACUACAAUGGAGGAAAUGGACUGUAUGUGUGGAAUAUGCUACUCCUUCCUUCUUGAUAAAGCAGUCCCUGAGGUGGUUUGUGACAACCCGAACUGCUCAAAACCAUUCCACGAAGGUUGCAUAUAUGAGUGGAUGAGGUCAUUGGCGACAGUACGGCAGAACUUCAACCUGCUCUUUGGGGAGUGCCCAUACUGCUCACAGCCCAUGUCCUGUAAGGCUGUAUGAUGAAGAAGCAAUGUUUGAAUAUCAAUAAAAAAUUAUAAUUUCC